AUGGCUGCUGUGAUCGGUGACUUCGUCUCUGAUCCCUCCCACUUCCAUAACAUGAUUGCCACCCCUGGCAUCCAGCACCAACACUCGCACGAGUCGCACUACCGAUCUGCCAGCCGGUCAAGAGAAGCUUCUGCGAGACGCCCCUCUACGAGCCCAAGAUACACCAACACUCCUCCCCCUCGUCAAAAGCGCUCUGACUGGGACUCGGCAGAGCCCACAGAGAAGCACGCGCCGCCUAGUGGAGGAGCAUCUCGCUUCCCCUCGCCUCCUUCCUCCUCAUCGCCCACCCGAGCGAGGCCUCAGCAUGCCGAAAGCCCCGCAUACAUGGCCUCUACCGACUCUCGCGAGACCAACCAUGCUGCUUCCAUAGUUGCUCCAGAGGGUGCUACCCGCGCCCUGCGCCAGGAGCAGCAGCAACCCUCGCCUGCCUCCGAUGGCAACGGCGCCGGCGCCCCCUCAUACCCCCUUUCUGAUACCUCUUCUCCUCGCCAAAACCCACAGGGUCAGACGACGAUUCAUGUGCGCGACUUGGCGCACAUCCAGAGCUUGGCCCGCGCAGACAUGGUGACUGGUAACGGGCCUGGGAUUCUUAACGACCCUCCCCUUCAGCAAAUGAAGUACGAGAUCAGCGCCAUGCCUAUUGGCGAUAUCAUCGAAAUGGUUGCUGCUCUUCUAACAAAAAUCACGACUACCAAUGAUCUACAGCAUGAUGCCAUGCAACGAAACGUGGCCCAUCAGCAGCAGGCGAGCCAAAACAACGAGUCAGGCAACUGCACACCGAUGAGCCCUCUGAGUACCUCGGUUCUUGCCUUCCACGGGAAAAACAUCCCUGCCAUCACCAUUCUCAGCUACCUAUCCCGUAUUCACAAGUACUGCCCCACCACCUAUGAGGUCUUUUUAAGUUUGUUGGUGUACUUCGACCGCAUGACAGAGCGAGUCAAUGAGAUGGUGGUCAAGCACGAGCAGGCACGGAGACAGUCUACUUCGCAGCAAGCACCCCAGUCACAGUCUGCCGACGUAGAAAUGCGGGACGACGAGACUGAUUCUGACCUUGCCGAUGACGACGAUGCUGAUGAGAAGAGUAUGAAACCGGCCGACGGAGGCAUUGUGCCCCAACCCACACCUCCGGGUAUGCCCGGACCGGCGACAUAUUUUGUGGUUGACAGUUUUAAUAUUCAUCGGUUAAUUAUUGCGGGCGUGACAUGCGCAAGCAAGUUCUUUUCGGAUGUCUUUUACACCAACUCAAGAUAUGCAAAGGUCGGCGGUCUUCCACUAGCCGAGCUCAACCACCUUGAGCUCCAGUUCCUUCUACUGAACGAUUUCCGACUUGCGGUUCCUGUGGAAGACCUAGAGGCGUAUGCCACGAUGUUGGUAGAAUUUUACGCACGGGAAGUGGUCGCGCAGCGAUCACGACCGGCAGCUGGCGAUUCUUAG